AUGGCGGGACGACACACUGCUCAAAAAGCGUGCGACUUGUUCUCGGUAGAAUCAGAAGAGGAAAUGGAGUUGGAGGUGGAAGAAUGGGACAACGAGGACACCCAAUCUACAGACUCCGAGGAAAAUGUAGUAUUAGAGGAAGAUGAAGAUGAUCUAACUUCUAAUAAUCUUUUUUCAGACGAGCACGUGACAGUAGCAUGCAUCGAGGAGGAAGAUGAGGAUAUUGAAAUCGACUCAGAUCAAGAGCAUCCUGCAUCAGAAUCGUCAAAUAACGAGGAAAACAACGAGGUUGAGGAUAUUCCGUCAUCUUUAGAGGGAGAUUUCAUGAACGAGUGGUGUGAAAACCUUAGUGGUUUUCCAAUGCGACCAAACUUCCUCGCAAAGCCAGGUUUGAGCGACUCACUAAAUCUUCCCCCUUGGGAAGAUUUUCCAAAAGGGCAACCUGGCUUUGAUCCUCUGCACGAGUUGAGACCAUUCAUAGACCACUUGAACCAUACCUUCCAGACUAUGUACAUGCCAGAACAGCAUAUCAGCAUCGAUGAGGCCUUGUGUCCCUGGAAAGGCCGACUAGGCUUCAAGGUCUACAUGAAGGACAAGCCCACCAAGUGGGGAAUCAAAUUGUACGAGCUCUGCUAAAGCAAGUCUGGGUAUGUCUGGCGCUUUGAAGUCUUCUGCUGCAUGCCUGGACUGAGCAACAGACCGUAUGAUGUGGUUCAACGCCUUAUGGAGCCCCUGAAGUCCUUAGGCUACUGCCUGUAUACAGACAGGUAUUACACAUGUCCAGCUCUCGCUGAGGACCUGGCCUGCAACAACACAGGCUUCACCGGAACAGUGAGGAACAACAGAGUGGGCCUGCCAAAAGACUUCAUGAAACAAAAGAUGGACAAGGGAGAUGUAGAAUUCAGGCGCCUAAAGAACACCAUGGUGCUACGGUGGGUGGACAAGAAGGAUGUGAAUGUCCUUACCACCCUACACAAGCCUCAGAUGGUCAAUGUGAAGACUCGAACCAGUGUGAAGAAGAAGCCGACAGCUAUUGUUGACUACAACAAGUACAUGGGUGGGGUUGACCACAGUGACCAGAUGAUUGCCUACAACCCAUUCCACAGGAAGACAAUGAAAUGGUGGAGAAAGCUGUUUUUCCACCUUCUGACACUCACCUUGGUGCAGGCUCACUGUCUGUACCAAAAGGAAAAGCACACAGCAGACCCCUAAGUGGAGGAAGCUUGUGGACCUGGGAGCCAACAUCGUCGAUCGAUGAAGCGAUGUGAUGAAGAAGGGAAAAGCGCUGGCCCGCGGCCUGCUGGGUCACCCAGGGUACCUCCGCCUGGCGCCGGACAUGGUGAGCCACUCGCCGUCACAAGUCAACACUCAUUCACCCGUCAUUCUUCAUUCCCGGUGGGUAGAGGGGUAUGUAGGGUGGAGGGGCUAGAAUUUCUAAGGUGACUAAUUGCAGGAGAGUGUUUUUGAUAUGCAAAUAAAACUUCGCACUGAUUGUACAGUUUUUAUCCUAGCUGUGUGUUGCUUGUGCGCGCUCUCUCCUCGUUCUCUUUGCCCUUUAUUUAUUUUUUCAUUUUCAAGAGCUGACAUCUGUGCCUGUCUGUGCCAACUGACAAACAUCGAAUGUGUAGCAGCGGGGUGUCUGUUGGUGUGGAACCAGCGUUCAGAACCUGUAACUGUGGACUUGCCCCGCCGCUGAGAUGGACUCUCUUGUCUUCUGUCCUGCC